GCUACCAACAUGGAGACUUUGUACCGUGUCCCAUUCUUAGUACUUAAAUGUCCCAACCUGAAGCUGAAGAAGUCGCCCUGGCUGCACAUACCAUUGGCCAUGACUAUGUAUGCUCUGGUGAAGGUGUCUUACUUCCUCAUCACUGGAGGAAUAACUUAUGAUGUUAUUGUUGAACCUCCAAGUGUUGGCUCUAUGAUUGAUGAAUAUGGGUAUCAGAGGCCAGUAGCUUUCUUGGCCUACAGAGUAAAUGGACAAUAUAUUAUGGACAGACUUGCAUCCAGCUUCCUGUUUACAAUGGGAAGUUUAAAUUUCAUAAUCCUGGACCCAUCAAAUGCACCAAAUAUCCCAAAACUCAAUACAUUUCUUCUUCUAUUCAUUGGAUUCUUAUGUGUCCUAUUAAAUUUUUUCAUGGCUAGAGUAUUCAUGAGAAUGAAACUGCCAGGCUAUUUGAUGGGUUAG